AAUGAAAGAAACAAAACCAAAGGCUCCGUUAUUCAGUCGACGUGCUGGUAGUAAUCGAGCAAAGAAACUGUACGAAAUGCAUAUUUCUGAUGUCAAAAAUCGACUGAAAAAUGUUCAAUAUAUGUCAGCUACAUGCGACAUAUGGUCUUGCAAGCAUAGAUCAUUUAUUGCGGUCAAUAUAUGCUAUAUUGACCCAAAGUCGUUUGAGCAAAAGUCAUUUCUCAUCGCCAUCGACCGAUUCGAGGGUUCACACACAAAUAAUGCGGUCGCUGCGAAGUUGAAAGACAUUUUCAAGCGCUUCCAUAUUCUUGGCAAAGUAGUCGGUGUGACCACCGACGAUGCAUCGGAGUUUGUUGUUGCAUUCCAGCGUUUUGGCGACAAUUAUGCUACCUACGAAAAUUAUUUGAACCUAAAUGAGCGUGACGAAGUGGCUAUUUCCGACUCUACGGUAUUUGAAGCCGAGCAACUGCGAAGUGAUGCAGACGCAAUAAUUCUCAGUUCGGAUGAUGAGGGCCAUGGUUAUGAUUACGACUCGGAUGAUUGGUUAAAUGUCGACGUCGAUGAAUCAUUGCCACCAAUCAUAAUUGAAAGCAUUGACGACAACGACAUGGAAACGACUCGAUCGCUGGCAAAUGAAUUUGGCCAAUCAACAGCGACAACAGCUCCAGAUGAGAAUUUUCAUUUGGUUCCGAUUCCAGUGCAAGUUGACUUCCGAACAGUAGUUCAUGACGAUGGUCCAAGCGAAGUAAACACAUUAUUGCCCAUUCGUAUCAAAUGUGCUGCGCACACACUCAAUUUGUUGGGAAAAACGGAUGCAAUUAAAGCGCUGCAAAAUAAAACGUAUGCGGCAGUGUACUGCAAAGUCAUGGCCAAACUCAACCUCCUCUGGCGUUAUUGCGGCCAUCGAAAAAAGUGCGAAAUAAUCAAGCAGUAUAUCGGAAAAGUUAUACUCAGACCACAUAAAAUUCGCUGGAACGCUUUAUAUGAUAGCAUACAUGAAAUUGUUCAGAUCGAUGCGUCUAAAUUGGAUGCACUUUUUUUCAAACUACAUAUAGCUGUUUUCACCGAGAGCGAACGACAAUUUCUGGGCGAAUAUCUCAAUGUGUUACAGCCAAUCGCCCAUGGUUUGACAAGACUUGAAGGAAACAUAUUUUUCGCAUACUUUCUCAUUACACUGUUCAACGUUGACGAGGAAUUGAGACUGUUGGAGUCAACGAACUUGAAAUUUGCAAAACCAUUGUUGAAAGCACUGAGAAAUGGCUUUGACACAAGAUUCAAAGAAAUGAUGGACAUAAACAAUGCUGCAUCCGUACCGCUUUAUCUCGCAAUGUUAUCGCACCCUUUGUUCAAGCUCAAUUUCUUACCAAUGCUAAAGACAAAAGAGCGUAGCACAGCACUGGAAUAUAUCGCUAAAUGCAAAGGCAUGUUAUUAAAAGCCAUUGAAGACAUCGAUUGCGAACAAAAUAAUAACCAAACUGCACAAUCAUCCAAUUCUGAUGAAUUCGAUGUGGCGAGUUUAUUAGAUAUGGAAUGUGGAAGAUCUGAUAUUAUAUUGUUGGAAAUCAAAAAUUUCCUUCGAGACAAAUUGACGACUGAUUUCGAAAGCACUUUUCGAACUUACCCAAACAUGAAAGAAGUCUUUCUUAAGUUCAAUUGUCUCAUGACAAGCGAAGCAAAUUGCGAGAGAAUCUUUUCCUACGCAGAUGCCAUCAGCUUUGGAUCGUAUGUCAAGGAAAAUAUGACAAUCAGGUGUACUAUGCCACUGUUUUAUCCAACAAUAGUGUGAGGCUGUUUUGCACGAGCGAAAGGCGAAACAUAAAUGAAAAAAUUUUCAAACAAAUAAAGAAAAAAAAAACAUUGAAUAAAGACAAAAGA